UUUGGGCCAAUGGUAUUCUGUCGGAUCGACCCAUCUGGAAACUAUGCGCCCCGCUUCAACCGGAUAAUCUCUUCACUGAACGGGAGACGGUGCAACCAGAAAAACCCUAAACCCCAAAUCGGGGCCUUCCAAUCGGCAGUGCGCUGAUCGAGAGGGCUCGCACUCACAGCCUUUACCGUCUUCGCUCUCGAUCGGCUUCUCGCCCAACAAGAAGCUGGCGGCUCUUCGUUGAGUUGAUCAGGGGUGCUUGGGAGUAAAGAUGGCGCGCAAUGUGUCGGGUCAUGCGGGGUCGCCUGAGAGGGGUCGAAGGUCUCCUCGGAGGAGUCCUUCUCGGAGAAGUGCUUCGCGGAGGGAGAAGUCGCCCGCCCGGCACAGGAGUUCGCAUAGGAGCCGGUCUCCGGUGGAUGACAAGCGCUCGAGUCGCCCUCGAUCGCCUCCACGCAGGAAUUCUCCGCCCCCAGCUUCGCGGUCCCCUUCUCCACGGACGAAGCGGCUGCGGAGAUCUCAGAGUGAUCGGGAAUCCGAGAAAUUGACCAGGCGAGAGCAUGAUAGGAGCCGCGGUGAGAGAAAUGACAAGGGCGGGCACCGUGAAAGGAGCUCUGAUAGGGAUGUUGGGUGUGAUAGAAGAGAGAAAAGGUCAGAAAGAGAUGACACCAAUGGCAAGUCUUCUAGAUCAAGACAUGCACGGUCUACUUCUCCACCAGAACAUCACAAUAGGAGCAGGCAUCGAUCAAUCUCACCUCGGCCAGCUGCAGAUGCCAGAGCACAUGACGAGGUGUCAAAUGCAAGAAGAUCUGAACAGCAGGAUGAUGAAAUUGACGCAGUGGCAAAGAUGGAGGCUGCUGAGAAGGUUUUGGAAGAAAAGCAGAAGGAAAAACCUUCAUUUGAGCUAUCUGGAAAGCUUGCUGCUGAAACGAACAAAGUGAGAGGCGUGACACUACUUUUUAAUGAACCGCCUGAGGCUCGUAAACCUGAUAUGAGAUGGAGACUUUAUGUUUUCAAGGGUGGGGAAGUGCUUAAUGAGCCCCUUUAUAUUCACCGUCAAAGCUGCUACCUUUUCGGAAGAGAGAGGAGGGUCGCAGAUAUUCCCACAGACCAUCCAUCUUGCAGCAAGCAACAUGCUGUCAUUCAAUUUAGGCAAGUAGAGAAGGAGCAACCUGAUGGCACAUUAUCAAAGAAAACAAGGCCUUAUUUGAUGGAUCUUGGAAGCACAAAUAAGACUUUGCUAAAUGAGAAUCCCAUUGAACCUCAGCGAUAUUAUGAGUUAUUUGAAAAGGACACAAUUAAGUUUGGUAACAGCAGCCGGGAAUAUGUAUUGUUGCAUGAAAACUCUGCAGGUUGAUGACCGUGGUUUUCUUCGAAUAUAUUCUAGUAGGAUUCUGCUUGUGAACAAACCCGAGAUGAUCUUCCUAAUGAUGGAAGUGCUCGUUGUAAAGAAUCAAUUUAUCAGGGUCCAUAGGAAAACUUAUCCUUACUUAUUGGUUCUUAGCACAAGCACUCUUUACCUUGUCUGUAUUUUUCCGGGUGGAGAUUUGCGGAGGAUUUUCUUUUUGGGGUGACAUGAUAUGUAUUAUUACAAAAAUGGGAUUGUCAACUCCAUUCUCUCUCCUCAUUCGACUUUGCCUGGAAUCAUUCUGAGCUUUUAGUUGGGAGUUGUGAUGGAUUCACGUGAGUGGCAACUUUAGAACGGUUGCUUGGCAGAUUCGGCUUGAAGAAAUAGAUGGUCUCUGUUUUGUUAGCCUUGGAGGGCUUGAAGAAAUAGAUUGUCUCUGUUUUGUUAGCCUUGGAGGAUUUAGUUGAGGUGUGACGAACGGAUUGUGAUUUCUUGAUGGUUUGCUCAUACUUUGUAAUCUUCAGCUAUUGAGGCUCCUCUUGCUAGUAGUAAUUUUAUCAUUUGAGGAAACUGAUCGACACUUGAAAUGUCGUCCGGGUUAUUUAGUAUUUCAUGGCUUACUCUCAAUAUUUUUCCAUA